AUCAUCGUCUAAACUACCAAAACACACCUCUCUCUCUAUCUUUUCACUAGAUCGUUGCCAUGUAUUCUGGAGAAGGUGCUUCACAAACCCGCACAGCCCCCGAAGAUAAUCCAAUCCAAAGGUGCCACCAACUUCUAGAGUUGCGUGACUUUAAGAGCGCUCGAUAUAUCAUUCAAAUGAAUAAGCGAGUAAGCAAGAAACGUCAUGAUGAGCUUGAGAAAGCCCUAGUCAUUUGUGACAUCCUUAUCGCUGCAGAGAACCGUCUUCCCCAUGGGUUGUUGGAUUGUUACGGCAUGAUCCGGAUGGACGGACCUGGACCAGUAUUAUUUGAGAACAUCGAGAAGAUAUUGAAUCUUUUGGGAUGGGGAGACAUUAGUAACCCUUUUCCAUUUAGACAUGAAGCUUCUGAAAAAGCCUUCUUUGCUUGGUCGCUCCUGUCCAAUCCAACCAUCAAGGAGAUGUACGAUUACGCUAUCUCGGACGAGGAUAACCUUGAACCCCAAGGAAAUGUAGGCAGCAGCCAAAUCGGUGAUGGAUUAGGCGAUGACAUAACCUAUGGUGGAGAGAACAAAAGAAAGCGAAAGACGCGUAGUCUCAUUUGUUCUGAUUUGCCUGGAUCAGAGUGCUUGAAAGAGUUUCCGGUAGCGGAUGUGAAUCCCUUGCCGCUGGCGAGGAAACGACAGGCUCCGCACAAUCGGUUUCGAUGGAAUGACACUUCCUUUGAUCCCAAGAACCAUAAUGUUGGUCCUGGAACUAACAAUAAGGUGGUAGUUGUUUAUGACGACGCUGAAGAGAAGGAGUAUGACAUGAGCUUGAGCAGCGAACUGCGCAUAAUUAAUGGAAGGAGAGUGAAAAUUACCAUUGAAGAAGCAGCAAAAGUAGGUGCUAAUGCUAGUUGUUCAAGAUGAAGACUAUGUUCAAGCGUUUAAGUGUUGUUCCUUUAGACCAUUAUCCUAUUUUUUUCUUUUUCAUAAUAAAACUGAUGUUGUAAU